GUUAUCUUUUUUGAAGUGUCACAUUUAUUUUGAGAUGGUUAGUCAUAGUAGUUUCGCUUGGUGAGGUAUUCGGAUUUGUAAGCAACGCCCAAUACGGCCAUUUAAUUCGUGUUCGUGUAAGAUUUGUUCCUAUUCCGCGUGCGUUUAAUAAUAUUACUCGUCGGUAUCCUCGUUCUCGUAAAACUCGUCGUAUCCCCAUCGUUAGGGGGCCUUGUUUGGAUCGCGCGAACCAUUAAUAAUCGAAAUAUAUUAUAUCCUAUACCCGUACUAAAAUCGCGUGCGCCGUUACGUCGUUAUUAUAUCGAAUAGUGUCUGAAUUGUUCUUGCAGGAAGCUCGGGAGAUAUGUUAAAGAUCGCGAAACCUAACGAAUUCGAUUUGGUAUUUAAGCUCGGGAUUCCGCACUCCCGGGAAAUAAUUGUGACGCGAGAUUCGGGAAUGCCAGGAAACGUUUUACUCAACAUGACGCGAGUGUUGCAACUACUGGAAAACGAUCGUGGCGUGGAUCAACAGAAUAUUCACCGACUGUUAAAAUCACUUGUAAACGCGCAGAACUUCCUCGUCGUGGAAAAGAUGCAGAGCUGGCUUCAAAGCCGCUUCCGUCGUGCUCUCAACAGGCUCAAGCAUUCAAUCGUAGUGGAUGGCAAAGCGUCUAGACUUAAAUAUCGCAUUUGUGGGCCGGCCCACACCCUCGAAGUCGAAGGAAUGGACUAUUCUGUUGAUUUUGUUCCUGCCAUCCGACUGGAUGCCGAGCAGAACGUGUUUCGGUCCGAGCAGCUUAAUUUCUUCGCGAACAUAGCCUACUGGGAAGCGAUACCAAAACCCUUUAAAAACCCUCUCAUAACCGAAAGCAUUUCGUUUAGAUCUUCCCACUACAAGGCCGAGCAGGCCGUCUUGAGGGGUAAACAUGAAAAUUGCCGGAAUGCAAUCAAGUACAUUAAGAAGUUUCGCGAUGUCAAGACAAAUUUACACAACUUAAAGAGUUAUUUUAUUAAGACCCUGUUUUUAUGGAAGAUUAGGUCCGAACCGGAUGCUUACUGGCACAAACCGCUCACAGCAAUCUUGAUCGAUAUGUUCGAUGAGCUGUCUGAGUGCUUGUGCCAAGGAAGACUAGACUUUUUCUGGGAUCCCAAGCUAAACAUGCUGGAUAUCUAUACAACGGAGCAAAAACUGGAAAUGUAUCGAUGUGUCGAAGGUAUGCCGGGAAAGCUAAGAAGUGCGGCUAGAGAUCCCACAUACCGCAGAUUGUUGACUGUCCUGCAGGCUUUCAGUCACAAGGACGAAUCCAUUGCCAUCCCUAGAUGUUACCCGGGAAAGUUAUAUCCAAAACGUCUAAGCAAUGGGUCUUACACUAGCCCCCUUGAGAUUAAAUUCCACACAAUGGAUCAAACAAUCGAAAUUUUUCAACAGGGUACGACGAGAGAUACCUCAUGUCGUUGUUUGUUGCCUGUUGUUCUGCGGGCUCUCAAUCAUAAGGUGUGCAUUGCUUCUGCAAGUUCUUACCCUCCCAAACGGAAUUGCGUCAAGCGCCUAACUAAAUCACGCCCGUUGAUGUCGUCUGGGCUCAUUAUAUACAAAAAUGAAAAUUGCGAGCUUGGUGUCGCUGGGUCGCUGGUUAAUAAAAACCACUUGCAGUAUUGAUACUCUUA